UUUCUUUUUCACAUUUUCUUCAAUUCUUCCAAAAAAUGGAGUUCUAACUACAGAUUUUAUUCGCUGCACUUUCAUUCCCUUUUUCUUUUCUCUCUCUCCCUUCCAUUUUCUCAUUCUUCAUCUUCUUUGCACUUUCCGUUUUUUGUUACCCAACCACGCGCAGUCGUUCCCAUAUUGUUUUUCUUCAUCGUCGUUUCCCUAGUAAUAUGUGGAUGUUGCAGUUGACCAGAUUAGUUAAAGGAAUCUGAAGCCAUUUUGCAGUUGAGGGAGGUUUUGACAAGUGAAUAAGAACUUGGGGAGCACGGAAGAGGAGAUGAAAGAGGAGUCAACUGGGUUGGCUAUUGGAAUUUCGAUAGGAGUUGUGAUUGGAGUUCUUUUGGCCAUUCUUGCUCUAUUCUGCUUUAGAUAUCAUAGGAAGCGGUUGCAGAUUGGUAAUAGCAGUUCGAGGAGGGCAGCUAAUCUUCCUAUUCGAACAAAUGGAGCUGAUUCCUGUACUAUUUUAUCAGACUCAACAGUCGGUCCCGAAUCACCGAUGAAGACCAGCCGGAAUAGCAUGUCCUCGUGGUUUGAUGGAUUUAAGAGAAGCAGUGUGAUCUCGGCAUCUGGGAUGCCUGAAUAUUCUAUCAAGGAUCUGCAAAAAGCAACUGGCAAUUUUACAAGUGUAAUAGGACAAGGAGCAUUUGGUCCUGUUUAUAAAGCUACUUUGCCAUCCGGUGAGACUGUUGCUGUGAAAGUACUUGCAACCAAUUCUAAACAAGGAGAGAAGGAAUUUCAGACAGAGGUGAUGUUAUUGGGAAGACUGCAUCAUAGAAACCUUGUGAAUUUGGUUGGAUACUGUGCUGAAAGAGGCGAACAUAUGCUUGUGUAUGUCUACAUGAGUAAAGGCAGCCUAGCUUCUCACUUGUACAGUGAUAAGAAUGGACUACUGGGUUGGAAUAUGAGAGUUCGUGUAGCUUUAGAUGUAGCAAGGGGUUUGGAGUAUCUCCAUGAUGGGGCAGUUCCUCCAGUAAUUCACCGGGAUAUCAAAUCAGCCAACAUUUUGUUGGAUGAGUCUAUGAGAGCAAGGGUUGCUGAUUUUGGGCUUUCAAGAGAAGAGAUGGUAGACAGUCGAGCAGCUAACAUUAGAGGAACUUUUGGAUAUCUUGAUCCCGAGUAUAUGUCUUCAAGGGCUUUUAAUAAGAAAAGCGAUGUUUAUAGCUUCGGCGUAUUACUUUUCGAGAUUGUAGCUGGCAGAAAUCCUCAGCAGGGCCUUAUGGAAUAUGUUGAGCUUGCUGCUAUGAAUUUUGAUGGAAAAGUUGGGUGGGAAGAACUUGCUGAUUCCCGUCUUGAAGGAAAUUUCGAUGUUCAAGAGCUGAACGAAGUUGCAGCUCUUGCAUACAAAUGUGUUAACCGUGUCCAAAAAAAACGACCUUCAAUGAGAGACAGUGUACAAGUUUUGUCCAGAAUCCUUAAACAAAGGCACAGCAAAAAACGUAACCAAAAUACAUUGUCGACUACAACGGAUGAAGUUGCCGUUGAUGUUGAUCAACUAGAAGGCAGGAGUCCACGUCCUGAACACAGAAGACAACAGUCCGCAGAUAGUACAACUGAAUCAUGUGAAGUUUAGAAAAAUGGUUUUUUUGUCCCUCUCCUAGUUCAUUUUUUUUUAAUUUUUUUAAUUUCUUCUUAUUUUAACUGCUUUUCUCAACAUACCAAGAAACAAAAAUUGACAGGAGAAGUUAACAAGAAUGUGAACUAAAACUUCUACCUAAGUUUCUUAUGAGAGUGACUUACACCCACCCCAACAAAUUUCAUGUAACAUAGUUGACCUUUUCUGUUCAUUUUUUUUUUUUUUUUU